AUGCUCGUCUCUGUGGCGGAUUUUGUUGGUGUAUCAAAAUCCUCAGCCAGCAGAAUUGUGAGCAAUAUAUCUGAGGCUAUAGCUAUGCUUUAUAGUAAACAUGUGGUAAUGCACCAGAAUAGUACAACCAAAUUUUAUAGUAUAGCUCAAUUUCCCCGAGUUUUAGGUGUUAUUGAUUGCACUCAUGUACGCAUUCAAUGUCCAGAUCUUAUUGCAAUUGAUGAAUAUAGAAAUAAUAAUGGCUAUAUUUCAUUAAAUGUUCAGGCUGUUUGUGAUGCUGAUUUGAAACUGAUGAAUGUGGUAGCUCGCUGGCCUGGAUCUACUCAUGAUGCUACCAUAUUCAACAAUUCAGUUUUAAGAGCCAAGUGUGAUGUUGGAACAUAUGGCAAUCGUUGGUUGCUUGGUGAUAGUGCCUAUCCCAACAGAUCAUAUUUGCUUACCCCAGUAUUACAUCCAAAUACAAGUCAAGAGCUGAGAUACAAUGAGGCACACAUCACAACAAGAAAUACUAUUGAACAAACUUUUGGCAUAUGGAAACGAAGAUUCCCUGUAAUCGCUAUGACAAUGCGUCUGUCACAACACAACAUACAAGCAGUUAUAAUAGCAACAGCUGUUCUACAUAAUAUGUGCAGAAAUUAUAAUAUUGAAGAGGUGCCCCCAGAGGUAGAGUUGCAAGCCUCGGAUGUUAAUGAAGUUGAAAUUUACGAAGCUGUUGUAUGCCGUGAAAUAUUCGAUGAAAAUAGUCAACCGUCGGCCGAUGAAAUAUCUGAAUAUGCUCAACAAUUGGGAAUUGAUCCAGAAAGUGAGAGUCAUCUUUUACCCUUGGCACGUGAAGGGCUUAUGCAGGCUCUUCCACCACCAUGGAGAGCAUAUUUUGAUGAGAAACUUCAAACACACUAUUACUACAAUGAGGAGACUAAAAGCACCCAGUGGGAACAUCCGCUAGAUAAUGUCUACAGAGAACUUGUGAAACGUGCAAGAGAUGCAUCAGUGCAUGAUGACACUUGCGCUUCUGUACAGGAGUUACCGACGUCCGAGGACAACACGAAGAACCUCGAGCGGGUCGAGACCAGGGUCGAGAGCGACGACGACGACCUCUCCACCGACAGCGAGCAGCGCCCCUCCGAGGCGAGGCGGGGGCGCCCUCUGCCCCGCCAUGCCCUCGCCCCCCUCGCCCCCCUGGCGCCCCUCGCCCCCCUCGCCCCCCUGGCCCGCCUGGAGCGCAAGCUGGGCGAUCUGCGCGUGUCGCCGCUGCGGCGCAGUGUCGACGCCCCCCCCUCCCCGAGGCCCCCCCUCCUGAGGAACACCUCGGACAGGGACCUCCUGCCGCGCCCCCCCUCCCAAGAUCGCCCGCGGACGCUCGCCAAGCAGCAGUCGGAGGUCAUCGACCUGAGGCUGCACACGCUCAGCAGCCCCGAGGAGGAGGCGUUCAGCCCGCUCCAGACGGCCGCCAGGGUCGACACUGGACUGCCGUUCGCGGGCAAGGGCGGCAUGUUCCUCAAGCUGUCGCGGCCCGAGCUGCCCAGCCCCGAGGCGGAGAAGUCGCUGACGAGGAGUGACCCCCCCAAGGGCAUCCUGCGUGAGAAGCCCGAGCCGCCGCCGCGGAGGGGCGAAGGCCCCAAGCACAGCGCCAGCCUCGACGAGGACAGGAAGAGCGUCAGGUUCAAGCUGGAGCAGGCGCCGGAGCCCAGCAGCCCCUCGGAGCGGAGCGAGGUGGCAGCGCCCCGCUCGGGGCCGCUGCUGCGCCGGCCGCCGCUGCCGCCCCGGCCCGCCGACAGGGAUGCGCCCGGUGAGCGAGCCAUUUUCGGA